AUGCUCUCCCCACUUCACUCCACCUUUGCCGCUGCAGACGCCGCCGCACGCAGAACUUCAGGAGGCGAACCUUUGAGUGCUAGCUCGCCACGCAUCGGCGAAGCCUACGUCAACAGUCCGAAGCGCGAUCCGUUACGCGAUGGAUACCGCGCCACUCCUCCCUCAUCUGCAUGGAGACAUUCGAGCUCCUACACGGGCCGCGACGGCUCGCCCUGGUACAACGACGCACGCUCAUCUCCGUUUGCAUCUUCAGCCGCGCGCGACUAUGCCACUCUAGAGCUCGAGUCGAGCCUAGGCAACCCAACACAUCCCGCCGGUGAUCCCGCACUCCAUUAUGGAGACACGAGCAACGCCGAUAGUGUCGUCGCGCUGCUGCAUGCUGCCGCUGCCGCCAACGAAGCUAGCAAGCAGUCGGAUCGCUCCAACGAGAACCGCUUCCCGUCUCCCAGUGCCUUCUACCAGCAAGGAGUGCCUACCUAUGGCAUCCCACCCUACUCGGGUGCCUACCGUUCCAACUCCUCGGCCUUGGCUGGAUUCACCAACUCGCCCAACCUUGGAUUUGCACGCCCUUACCGCGGCAUCGACGCAGGCCUCGACGGCGCUUCUCCAUAUGCACAAGCGACAGUACAGCCGUCUGCCACUGCCAGCACCGCGGCAGAUGAGGACUCCCAGAUCCAUGUCAAGACCGAGCCAGAUGCCCACGAGCCCGCCCAGCCACAGCAGCAGCAGCCAGAGCAACACGCACAACUACAACAGCCGCCGCCGAAGAAAGCACGCGGGCGAGGUCGCAAAAAGAGCAAUGUCAAGCAGGAGGCCCCAGAACCAGCACCGCUUCCUGCAAUUAACGGCUCCUCGGCUCUCGACAGCGUCGUCUCAGCGGCGCUUGCUGCUUCUGAAGCACCCGCGGUCUAUGCUGGGCCUGCCUUCUCGCCGUACGGCUAUCCGGAUUACAGCGCCACCAGCAUGCCGGCGAACGCCUUUGGUGCCAACCCUCUCGUCUCUUUGGCUGCUCAGGUGGCCAGCUCGUUGGCGCCGGCUCCGGCAGCUGUUACCCCCACCGAUGCACUCAACAAGGCGUCCACGUCAGCAGCCGCUGUCACCGUGACGCCCGCCGCCGCUUCAUCCACUUCACCUAAAUCGCCGAGCGCUACCAAGACCAAGACGGAAAGCGACGCAGGCGGUCCCAAGCUGCACGAAUGCGAGACGUGUAGCAAGUCGUUCAGCCGAAGAUCCGACCUCGCGCGUCAUCGACGCAUUCACACUGGCGAGCGUCCCUAUCCUUGCGACUAUCCUGGGUGUGGAAAGAGCUUUAUUCAGCGAUCGGCGCUCACUGUUCAUUCGCGUGUUCACUCGGGCGAGCGUCCGCACAAAUGCGAGUUUGAAGGAUGCGACAAGAGCUUCUCCGAUAGCAGUUCGCUAGCCCGCCAUCGGCGUACGCACACGGGGCGCCGUCCAUACGUCUGCGACUUUCCCAAGUGCGGAAAGAUGUUUACGCGACGCACCACGCUCAACCGCCACUCGCGCUGCCAUCAGCCUGGCUACGUCAAGCCCAAGAGCCGCGGCAAGGGCCGAGGCAAGGGCAAAAAGUCGGCCAACAAGGACGACCCGUCUGCUGCCAACGACGACGACGAUGAUGAUGAUGACGACGAGGACGAGGACGACGAUGAUGACGAGGACGACAGCGACGAGGAAGACGACGAGGAAGAUGAGGAUUCCGAAGUCGAGUCUGGCUCUGGCUCGGAGCCGGCUGAAUCCGCCACACCACCCGAGACGUCAGCACAGGUCGCCAAGGGCACCAAGCGCGCCGCACCCGGACGCGGGCGCAAGAAUUCGACCGCGAAGAAGGCCAACACGGGCAACGCGGCGGGCGUGGUCAACCGCAUGAACCGCUCGGCGAGCGAUGCAGAGGCAGCCAUGACGCUGGCACAAGCAGCGCUGCAGGCCCAGUUCAACCCUUACUACGCCGAGCAGAUUAACGGCGCCGGAACAGCAAACGCACACCACCAAGGCGGUGCUGCUGCUAGCAUGCCAUGGUCUGGCUCGUCGAGCUUCACCUCGUACUCGAUGUCGGCGCAGGAUGGCACUGCAGCGCUGCUGGCUGCCAGCAAUCACGCCAGCUUCUCGCCUGGCAUGGGCAGCAACGACUCGAACGAAGCAAUGGAGGCUGCAGCGGCGGUGCUGGGUGGCUUUGCCAACUCGCCCGCUGCUACUGCCAGUAACGGUCAGGAUACGACGCAUUCGAGCUCCCUGUCGGAAGCUCAAUUAUUGCUCGAUGCUGCCAUGAGCCCGGUUCCGAGGCACGCCACCAUCCCCGGGACUUCAGAUGCUGCAGACAAAAGCAACGCAGCUACUGCUGCUAACACUCCAACGCGUGGACGCGGCCGAGGUCGUCCUCGUGGAUCGCGAGGAGGUCGACGAGCUGAUCGCCCCAGCAAUCUUUCCAACGAGACGGGGGCAGACGCCCUUGCGAUCACCUCGUCAGAACAGACGCCCUCUACAGAAGCGUCCUCUUGA